ACUGUCGUAACAUUCGCAUCCGACAUAUAGACAAACAGCAUAUGCGUGCAUCGACGCACGCACGAACGAAUUCAACAUAUCGCCGGCCGUGAUCAGCGCACGAAAGCAUAGGGGGUUUCAGUUGCGUUCGGAAAGUUGUUGAACAUAGUUCGUCCGCCGAGAGUCUGUUGUGCGUUGUGGCUAUUUCUUCGGUAAACGACGCGUAUCAAGGUGUUUGGCAAAUCGUUCAUCCGUGUGUUACUAUACCGUUGUGAUAAUCAGGUGGUCACCAUUUUGCUUCUGUUACACGCAGCUUGAAAAGCACGCAUUAAAGCAGCCUGCAAAUUGUGGUGCAGAAAUAUCUCGAUUGUUUUGUGGUGAAAAGCUAAUAAAAGCGUUACGUGUGAAGAGUGAAACAGUUAAGAAACAUCCACGAUCUUGUUACGUUAAAAACGCCAGAGCAAACAGGCAGGAAAUACCCAAUACCUGGUGGUGAUUACAGCAUCUCAUCCAUCAUCAUGUCCAGCAGUAUUCAGAUUACGGCCGACGACAAACCGGCAACCGGCUUGAUCACACCAACCAAGACGCCGAUACCACCGGUGUCCAGCAUUCCCUCCAGCCCGUCGCAUCUGCAGCUGCCGUCACCGAUUAUUACACGCCGCACCAGAACUGCUUCGACAUCCGAUCGUGCGAUGCGUAACCCGAUUGAGGAGGGUAAGGUGAAGUCGUUCAGCAGAAGCAAAGGUCACGGUUUCAUCGCUCCAACUGCCGGUGGUGACGACAUCUUCGUACACAUUUCCGACAUCGAGGGCGAGUACGUACCACUGCCCGGUGAUGAGGUCAGCUAUCGGCUCUGUUCGAUUCCGCCCAAGUACGAGAAGGUGCAGGCAAUCCACGUGCAGAUCACGCACCUGACGCCGGAAAAACAUUCGCGCUGGGAAACGUGCAUGAGCCACGAUGAUGGCCAUCGGCUCCAUUAGGGUCGGUGGAACGAACCGGCGCCGGAUCAGCUUCACCAGCAGCAGCAGCAGCAACAGCAACAGCAGCAGUUUGCCGCGAAAGGGAAGCAAGAUUCACGCCGGUGGCCCGAUAUAUCGUUUGAUUUUGCGUAGGAUGCAAGUGCAAGUGUAAGAGAUGGGAAAGGAGGAAAAGGAGAGUGCGAGAAGUCACAUAGGGAGGAGGUGAGAAUAGUAUAGAAUUCGAGGGAUCGAGGUAAAAGGGCACUUUCCAUACACAUCGUCGUAAUAUGUUCAGUAUUUUUUUGUUUUCCGUUUAUUAGAUAGUCAGGAGGAGGUAGACGCCUGUUCUGUUUAGUUUCCAGUGUACCUAGAAGUGCUCCGUUGAUGCACAAACACAAAUAAUCGGAUUCGGAUCUUAUUGCUUCAUUGCGCCAUGCGGAGAAGUUGUCCAAAAAUAAUAAUAAAACCCCAACAGUUAAACGAUAAGAGCAGAUCGGUCAUAAGAGCACAGAACGCAUUGAGGUUGCACCAUCUUAAAGUAGAGUUUUGCAGAUUGUUUACGAUUAGCUGGCGAAAAUAGGAUAGAAAGCGAUAGGAAAAAGGAAGGUGGAGGGACAACUUCUAAAUGGUUCGUGUGUGUGCGAAAUGUUUGUGCCAUCGCACGCGCCGAGAUGAACUCAUAGCCUCGAUACGCGCGCAAACACAGGAAGGUUUUAAUUAAUAUGUGAAAACGUUGGCCCAUAAAUGCCGUCACGGACACUAAACAAGAGCGAGCCGUGUGCGCGAAAGGUGCCACGGAGGACGGGGGCAACAAAAGCAACAAAGUCAAGAGGGAUUAGCCGCAGGAUAAAUCGUUGCAGCAGCUGUCCGUGUUGGGGGGAAAAAAAAAGAGCCAACUUCAACGUCUCCGUACGCUCCAAUUUGUCCACCCUUAACCAUACACCCUAUCCCGUCAUCGGGAUGGAAGGACUACGAUUCAUUGUCCGACUGGGACCGAGCUGGUGACGCGACCGGGUGGAAAACUUUACGUCGCAACACACGGGGACGUGCACAAUACUGCUCAAUGGUAGAGCGCUUCCUAGCUUCCUUCUUAUCGCUAAUUGCUAUCGUUUUUUACUUCUUUCCCACACAUUUUGUUUGGCGCAUUCGGUGCCGCAAAGAAGCAGAGAUGAUAGAAGUCAGAAGAAUAAAAAAAACGGUAAAUAAAAAGCGACAAAAUGCUAUAAUUUAGGUCGUACUCGUUGUCAGGGAAGGAGAGAAAAAAAAUCCUUCACGAUUAGAGAAAUAAGCUCUUCCUGCAGGGGGCGCUGUGGUGCUUUGGAAUUGGAGGAAAAAGCGGAACGGAAGGAAAGGUACGAGAUAAAAAAAUCGUUCAUUUGUUCGUUGUUUUGUGUUGUGGUUCCCUAGGUGGGUGAAAAAAAUUUAUAUAAAAUGAAGCUAAAGAUAUCCGAAUCUAUUGUACAACGAAAAUUAGAGCGGAAGCAACGCCGAGACAUAAAAAUCAUUCACCCACACACGUGCACACUAAGGUGACGAUGAUAAUUGACAUUAAUUCAAUCGCAAAUCCAGCUUUUGUCGUCUUUCGUUUCGGGUGACAAACAUCUUUUUGAUUGUGCAAAAUUUGCAACAAUUGGAAAAAGAUGGAUUUUGAUUGAAAAUACUUUGCCAUACACCAAUUCGAAGCCAUUCAGGCACACUGCAAGGUGUUGGAAAACAUUCCAAUCGAUUCGGCUAAUGGAACGAUGCAGGUCACAAGCACUAUCCACACAGUAACAACCAUCCAGCAAACAAUACAACAAACACAUAAGCACAUUUUGUAUAAGAAAACGUUUAAGAGAACACAAACAAUGCUAGAAUUGUAGAAGAAUUAUUGAAUUAUGAAGCAAAAUGGCGCAUAUAAUGCUAAAACGCGGGAGAAGCUUGCAUGAGAAUUUAUGGUGUGCCUAUUUGUACAUCUUUUUGGAGUAAUUUUGCGUCCGAUACAAAAGGAAAGCGCGCCUUCACGAGCCAGGGUGGAAAAUGAUGGGUGUGUGUGGCUUAGAAACAAAACGCCUGAAUGUAGGCAAAACGCAAAUUUUCAAUACACGUCCUCUCUAAUAUAAUAGACUGUUCUUAUAAAGUUAUUUUUUGUUUUGUUCCUAAAAAGAAACAAUGAAUAAUUGUUGAUCGAGCAAAAUGUUUUCUUUUCCGCCAAUCCAUCCAACAAAACCAUUUGCUUGCAAAACGGGCCCAUCCAUCAAGAAUAAUAGCGCAGUGAACUGAAUUGGAAAAAAAUCCCUCAAAAGAUGAAUAUUUAAAGUACAUAAACAACAAGAAAGGUGUAUCCUUCUCCGAAAACAGGAAGGUAGCUAGAGCUUUAUACUAAUAACGACGCAUCAGAAGAGAUAGAGAGAAUGGAAGGGAAGGGAAGGGCGAGAGAGAGAGAGAUUGUGUGUGUUUAAAGUGUACCACAAACAAUGUCCACAAAGCUCACGUAUAAUCACCUCGUAACAGUAGUAACAGGGCUUUACCGUCAUCUUUCGCGUUUUCCUUUUCGGUUAAAUAAUCGGAUUAUCCUCGGAUGAUCGGCAAAAUGCAAAAGCCGGAUCGCCGGGAUCCCCGGAUAUAAUGUGGGAAAGGGUCAACAAAGAGGAAAGAUUAGACGAAGAAGAAAGCAUAAAUAAACUUGCUCCAUCCUGUCCCAAAGUCCUCUGUCGGGUACGGAGGGGGGAAAAAAGCACAAGAGUUAAGAAUUUCUACCUUACCUCAUCGAUGAAGAAAUGUGGAACGGACGGGCGAGAUUAGUAAGGCUAGGAUUUGGAUAUAAAUUCCGCUAUAAAAACUCGAACGAGCAGCAUCAAGAUUGGUGCUUGAUGAAAGUAAAUACUUAUAUACAUAUAUAUAUGAUACAUAUACACAUCCUUAUAAGAAGUAAACUGCCGUAAAGCGCCUCACACCCAAAUGUUUCCCUCAGUACACCAAUGUAACCGUAGAGUACCGUAUUUCUAGGGAAAACAUUAAAGCAAACGCGAUCACGUUGUUGACAUCUCUGCGUCUUGUACACUCUCGCUCCUGUUUGGAACCUUUUUCGGGGGGGGGGUUAAUGUUAUGCCUCAGAAAACAAACCGCAUCUCCCUUUGCAUACGAUGUGUGUGUGGACCAAUUGGGAAACAAAAGAAGACAACCAAAAGCAAACAAAACUUUUUCAGGAAUUUAUUCUUUUUUUUUCGUUUGUUUUUCUCCUGUCCGGUUCUAAUUACAUUAAGGUGUGAAAUAAUUUUACAACAAUAAAAAAUAGGGCAAAUAUAUUUAAUCCCUUGCCACGUAACAGCAUCCAUUCGGCAAGGCGAUAAACUUAUGUUUUUCUUUCUACACCCUUUUUUGCUGUACGAUGUGUAACCGGUUGAACAUAAAGGUAAUGAAAUUUUAUCGAAAAUUCGAUAACUUUCCUAUCGGCUUCCAGGAAAUAAAACUAGAACCGUUCGCUAGGAAUGCUCCUGAGUAGCGAUCGAACAAGAAUCGUUAAAACAAGAAAAUGAACUAAUUUUAUAAUCCUUUCGGUGUUCUUUUACUCCCGUGCGGGUGUUUGAAGCGUCUUCGGUUGGGUGUUCUUCAUUCCUGUGGUACACAUGGACGUGUUACGCACACAAAUUUCUUUUUUUCUAUUAUUUCUUCACCGGCAGUGUACGCUGUUGAAUUUUUUGGGAGAGAACCCAAAGGUUCAGAAAAUCGUUCGUGUUGAAAAUUUGAUCUGGAUAAUUAUAUUUUGUGCAAAAAAUAAUAAAAAAAGAAUCGAUUUCAUUGCCAUCCCAUUUUGCUUUGUGCAAGAAUAUAUCGUUAACUCGAUCAGAAAAGAAGAAAACAUGAUUCUUUUUUUUUCUUUCGUUUGCUAUCGCAUUAGGACCGAAGUUUUCGAAGAUAUCGGAUCAAUUCGUAUUUUCGUUUAGAGUUCAUUGACAGUUUUUGGCUCCUUAAAUAGCUGAUUAUCCAGUGUAGAUAUAGUUUCGUUACAAAAAAAACCAUACUAAAAUGUUUUCAAAAAUAGAAGAUAAAUCUGGUCUGCCCUAAGAUAUGGUGCAAUUUGGAAGCAAAAAAAAAACAAAAGAGCCAAACAACAAGAACAAAACGAGCAAGCAAAAAAACAAACAAAACAACACAGGAAAACCAUGAAUGUUUGCUGUUAGUAGUGUUGCAUUAGAUGUAUGAAUGUUGGAAAUAUAUACCAUUUUGUAUCAGUUUCGUUUAAGCAACGGGCAAAAAACACACAUUUAGAGGAAGAAGGAACACGUACGAGAUUCGACACAAAUAUGGAAAACUUUUGCUAGGACAAAAUGGAUCGAUGUGUAAGAAGAAGGGAAAUGGAAGGGCACAUUUAAAUUAAGAAGUGUAAAAGAAAUUCGGAACAAUAUGACGCAAACUACGAACCACAACCAAGAGUAGCCAAAAUACUCUGUAAUAUGCAUAUGCAUGGGUUUCAAUAAACGUGUGCGCAGAUCGGUACGCCAAGGAUUCGUUAAAUGUUUUAAAA